GUGGUGUUAAUCUUCUUUAUGACCGUGUGGUUGUUCCCAUGCUGGAUAAAGAAGAUAUUGAAGCCUGUCUUGUUGUAUUACUAAUAUGCAAACACAAGAUUCAUAUCAUCAUUUGAGCAGAAAGAACCCCCAAAAAACCCUAAAUGUGCCUGAUUUGACACCAUAUCAGAGAGAAUAAAACUCUAAACACACAAGGAUCUGGCAUCCUUAACUGGCCGCUCAGUCAGUGGUUCUGCACAAUCUUUUGAGCAAGAGGUGAACAUGGACAAACGCUCGUCUACAGUUUAUGUGUUGAUUGUAGCACUUUGUGCAUUGGUGCACUUUGGCACUGUUUUUUGCACAGCUACUUUGAGAAGUGGUGGCAUUUCAACAGCAAAGCCAGGAGUGUGCCCUGUCAGGUUCUAUAUACGUGCAGACUGUAAUGAAUCUUGCUCUAAAGAUAGUGACUGCCCCGAUAAUGAGAAGUGCUGCUCCAACGGAUGUGGACAUGAGUGCAUGGCUCCAGUCAUAGUGAAGCCAGGAGUUUGUCCUCUCAGGCUUCCCGCAGCCUUUGGACCAUGUGUUGAAUCUUGCUCUGAAGACAGUGACUGCCACAAUAAUGAGAAGUGCUGCUCCAACGGAUGUGGACAUGAGUGCAUGGCUCCAGUCAUAGUGAAGCCAGGAGUUUGUCCUCUCAGGCUUCCCGCAGCCUUUGGACCAUGUGUUGAAUCUUGCUCUACUGACAGUGACUGCCACGAUAAUGAGAAGUGCUGCUUCAAGGGAUGUGGACAUGAGUGCAUGGCUCCAGUCACAGGAAAGCCUGGAGUGUGUCCACUCAGGCAUCCCCCAGCCUUUGGACCCUGUGUUGAAUCUUGCUCUGAAGACAGUGAUUGCCACAAUAAUGAGAAGUGCUGCUCCAACGGAUGUGGACAUGUAUGCAUGGCGCCCUACAUAGUGAAGCCAGGAGUGUGUCCUCUCAGACGCUUGGAUGACAGACGGUGUCCUGACUCUUGCUCUAAUGACAAUGACUGCCCCAAUAAUGAGAAGUGCUGCUUCAGUGGAUGUGGUCAUCAGUGCAUAGAGCCCUACCUUGUCUGGCGGGCUCUUGUCUGAGGCCUCCACAUGUGUGCUGAGUACUACAUCAUGAUGGUCAGAGUCCAGGACAUCAGAAGUGCUGUGAUCACACCUGCAGUGACCUCUGCUGAUUAGAAAUCACAUUUUUCUUACAAAGAAAAAGCAGUCUGUUGGCAUUUUAUUCUUGUUCAUUUACAACAUGCAAUCUUACUUCAGUGGGAAAAACAUUGUAUUCAAGAAAACAGUGUUUGACUAUGAAUAGUAUAUCUGUUCCAUUUCUAAUUAAAGAGUUAUAGGAUAAUUAAUUGUGUGUU